AUGGUGAAACUGGGGAUGAAGCAAAUGCCUUCCUCUUUCGUGUGUCCUUGUUGCGUCUUGCAAAAGAAUCAUAAUGAUCAGUCGCCUUUUCCAGUGCCGGGACGCACGAGAGCCAAGAUGGUCUACAGUAACAUCGGUCUGAAAGUUCUCUUUCUCCUAGCAAGUUCUCAGGUGGCUUCCAGCCUGCUUCACGCUCCGCUUAUUUACCUGGAGAUGGUUUCUGACCGCCUCACUGAAGGGGAACCCAUCAAGAUAUUUUGUGUGGCUCCCAGAGCCCACGUCGGGGCCUACUUUUAUUUGUUCAUGGUGGGCCAGACUCAACCAGUGCAGAUGCUUACUGCUCCAGAGACCCAGCACCAGGUGACUUUCCUUUUGGAGAACGCUACCACCAUUAAUACAGGCCUAUACAGAUGCCAGUAUGGCCUACUCAACAGGAGCCAGUUGCAGCCGUCUGACUUCAGCGACACUGUGGAAAUUACAGUGGACGCGUUUGGCCUCAGCACGUUCCCUCCAACUUUUAUAUCAGCGUUCAGUCUGAGCGCGUUCGCUCCAACUGGUCCUCCAAUGUCUGACUGUCAAGAUCCGUCCCGGGUUCUCCUCAUUGCCCUGAUUGUGACUGGAGUGCUGCUUCUGCUGAUGACCCUGGCAAUGGCUGUGCUGGCAACGGGAUGCUUUAAAGAAAGAAGACAGAAGAAAAAAGAGCUGGAUUCCUGCUGGGCAGAAGGACGGGGCUGCACAACUGGUACGUACCAGGCAAAUGGCAAGGACACCCAAGAGGGUGUCUUGGCGUGUUGGUAA